CCCAUUUCGUCCUUGUACCGCUCUCCUCGUUCGCUAGAUCUCGGCCCCGUUCGAUCUCGGGAGACCUAAAUUUCCCUAACUUCUCUUUCAUCGCCAUGGCUCUGCUCGUGGAGAAGACUACUUCCGGUCGCGAGUACAAGGUGAAAGACCUGUCCCAGGCCGACUUCGGACGGCUCGAGAUCGAGCUCGCGGAGGUCGAGAUGCCAGGCCUUAUGGCAUGCCGCGCCGAGUUCGGCCCCUCCCAGCCCUUCAAAGGGGCGCGUAUCUCUGGAUCUCUCCACAUGACCAUCCAGACUGCCGUCCUUAUUGAAACCCUAACUGCCCUCGGUGCCGAGGUACGCUGGUGCUCCUGCAACAUUUUCUCCACGCAGGACCACGCUGCUGCCGCAAUCGCUCGAGAUUCCGCCGCCGUGUUCGCCUGGAAGGGCGAGAAUCUCCAGGAGUACUGGUGGUGCACGGAGCGCUGCCUCGACUGGGGCGCUGGUGGAGGCCCCGAUCUCAUUGUCGACGACGGAGGUGAUGCGACGCUGCUUAUCCAUGAGGGGGUUAAGGCCGAGGAAGAUUACGAGAAGACUGGGAAAGUCCCGGAUCCGGCUUCGACGGACAACGUGGAAUUCCAGAUCGUGCUUGGGCUCAUCAGGGAUAGCUUAAGUGUGGAUCCGAAGAAGUAUCGGAAGAUGAAGGAGAGGCUCGUUGGUGUUUCUGAGGAGACGACUACUGGAGUGAAGAGGUUGUACCAGAUGCAGAUCAGUGGGACGCUGCUUUUCCCCGCCAUCAACGUCAAUGACUCCGUUACCAAGAGCAAGUUUGAUAACUUAUAUGGUUGCCGCCACUCUCUCCCUGACGGCCUAAUGAGAGCCACCGACGUUAUGAUUGCCGGCAAGGUUGCGGUGGUCUGUGGCUACGGUGAUGUAGGCAAGGGUUGUGCUGCUGCUCUCAAGACUGCCGGAGCUCGUGUUAUUGUGACCGAGAUUGAUCCAAUAUGUGCUCUUCAGGCCCUCAUGGAAGGCCUCCCUGUCCUGACUCUGGAAGACGUUGUGGCUGAGGCUGACAUUUUUGUUACCACAACUGGUAACAAGGACAUCAUCAUGGUCGACCACAUGAGGAAGAUGAAGAACAAUGCCAUUGUCUGCAACAUCGGCCACUUCGACAACGAGAUCGACAUGCUCGGCCUCGAAACCUUCCCUGGCGUCAAACGCAUCACCAUUAAGCCGCAAACGGAUCGCUGGGUCUUUCCGGACACCAACAGCGGCAUCCUUGUGCUCGCGGAGGGCCGGCUCAUGAACCUCGGCUGUGCCACCGGUCACCCCAGCUUUGUCAUGUCGUGCUCCUUCACCAACCAGGUGAUAGCUCAGCUGGAGCUGUGGAAGGAGAAGUCUUCAGGCAAGUAUGAGAAGAAGGUGUAUGUGUUGCCCAAGCACCUGGACGAGAAGGUUGCAGCGCUUCACCUGGGCAAGCUUGGUGCCAAACUCACUAAGCUUUCUCCUGCACAGGCUGAUUACAUCAACGUUCCAAUUGAGGGUCCCUACAAGCCAGCUCAUUACAGGUAUUAGAGAGUUUCAGAGGAGGAAACUGAAUCCAACAAAACAAGCAGACCAAUGGAUUCGGUAAGGCGAUCAGUAGAGUUAUCUCUAUCAAAAGUAUCCUUUAUUCACUAUUUAAACAUUGUUUUGAAUUUGAGAGAAGUAAGCGUGUUUUCUAUUGAGGAAUAAUGAGGGUUGUUGGUUUGUGAGG